GCUGACUUGGAGCCCGCAGUUCGUGACCUCAUUCGAGAGUACCACGGCGUUUUCCCAUCGUCGUUCUCGUACGCCGRCAUCCCACCGAUGCGUGACGUCGAGCACUCCAUUCAGCUCGUGCCUGAMUAUCGUGUUCACCACCAGGCACCCUACAGACUCUCGAUCCCCGAGGCCACCGAACUCAAGCGUCAGCUUGAGGAGCUCCUGAGACUGGGUGAUUGUCCGAUAGCCUUCUACUCCCGUCAACUCCUGCCCGCCGAGAUAAACUACACCGCUGAUGAACGUGAGGUUCUCACAGUAGUUUAUGCCGCUCGGCAGUGGCGUCACUACCUGCACGGGGCACCAUUCACGGUGCGCACGGACAACUCUGUUGUCCAGGCUUUUCUGACAAAGCCGAAGCUCACUCCUCGACAGGCUCGCUGGUGGCGCGACCUAUCUGAGUUUAGUUUCACCACUGAGCACAUCAAGGGUGAAACUAAUCUGGUCGCAGACGCCCUAUCCCGGCGCCCUGACCAUGACCAGGAGCACAUCCAACUCUCUUCCAUCUCGGUCAGCACUGUCCACCACUCGGUGAUCGACGGGUUUCGCACUCAGUACCGCCACUGCCCCGACUAUCGCGACAUCCACGCGACCCUUCGGAGUGGCAAGACCGUCCCGAACUACUCUCUCGGGGACAACGGUCUUGUGUACUGGCACGGUUCACAGGGCACCAGAGAGCCCCGUAUUUGUGUUCCCUCCACUGGACAGCUACGUGUCCGAGCAGUAGCAGAGUUCCAUGACCAGGCAGCUGUUGGUCAUAUGGGCUUCCACAAGACGUUGGCUCGUGUGAGCCGCCUGUACGUCUGGCCGAAGCGCAAGGACUUUGUGAAGGACAACGUCGCAGAGUGUCCCACCUGUCAGGACGUGAACAGUGCGAACCACCUACCUUAUGGUUUGCUCCAACCUCUUCCUAUCCCUGAGGGUCGUUGGCAGUCCAUCUCGAUGGACUUUAUCGGUCCUCUUCGACCUCCGACCCCCUGCAGUCAUGAUGCUAUCCUAGUCGUCGUCGACCGCUUCACGAAGCGUGCACGCUUUGUUCCGUGCCGCUAUGCCAUCAGUGCACGUGAGGUCGCGGACAUCGUAUUUGACCAAGUCGUGCGUGACCACGGCUUACCUCUGAGCAUCAUAUCUGACCGUGACCCGUGCUUUACGAGCCAAUUUUGGCGACGGCUCCACGAGGUGUACGGCACUCAGCUCCGCUUCUCCUCGUCUUACCAUCCUCAGACUGAUGGUCAGACCGAGAUCACGAACAGGACUCUCGGGGAUAUUCUCCGAAAGAUUGUUCGUGACGACCAGCAAUGGGAUCUCCAUCUUGCCCACGCGGAGAUAGCCUACAACCACGCCGUCUUGCCAGCCACGGGGAUGUCGCCUUACUAUUGCGACCUCGGCUAUCACCCGCGUGUUCCCGCGGACUUCCUUCGACCGUCCCAGAUGCACCCCGACACGAGUUGUCCCGCGCUGGAUGAUUGGCUUGCACACAUGACGUCGAUUAUGACGACCGCACAUGAUCACAUAGCCGCUUCCCAGACUCGCAUGGCAGCAUGUGCGAACCGAUCGAGGAUGAAUCACCCAUUCAAGGUCGGUGAUGAUGUGCUUAUCGACGCCCGCCACUUACAGCUCGAAGCGGACACGCUUCGCAAGUUUCGACGUCGCUUCUUUGGCCCAUGCCGCAUCCUCCAGGGCGUCGGUUCUGAUACGGCAUCUAGCCCGGCCAGCUUUCGUGUGAAGCUGCCCGACUACCUACGCUUGGUUCGUGUGCAUGAUGUCUACCACGUCUCGUUACUGCGUCCUUACUGUAGACCGUCUGAGCGUUUCGCUGGACGACCAUACGAGCGCCCUCCACCCAUCAUGGUGGACGACCAUGAGGAGUUCCUCGUUUCAGACAUCAUUGGUCGCUGAGUCACCGACGACAACCCUCCCCACGUCGA